CGAGAAGUUUCUGCCAGUAUCUAGGUAGUCCAUCUACAGUAUAUUUUGUUGUUGUUUGAAGUCCGGAGACUCUCCGCCGCAGCAAAUUCCGGUCCGUUAACACUCCCGAAGCCGACGGAUCGGCGAGUCCAUCGGCAGAAAGCCGACGCGUUACUUGGUGCACGCCCAGGUGUUUUGGUAGUCGCAGAUUCAACAAUGACACCCGCAAUGACUCCCUGUACCUAUCUUGCACAACUCCCUUUGCUCAAUGACGACCUCCAAGGAUGGCGGGGCUCGACGAAGAAGACUAUUUCUCAGACGAUGUUGACGUCCUCAAUGGCCUGGGCAAUGACUACCUGACCGAGCUCGAGAAUAAUGCCAUACAGUUUACCCAAGCACAAGCCCGGACGAAGGUAGCUCCUUCGUCGGAUUAUGGCGACGGAAUUGACGAUGAGGACUUUGAUGAUGCCGUAGUGAUUGAUGAAUCUAGAAGUAUACCUGCUAUUACUUCUGCUCUGCAAAGAAACGUCCCUGGCCAAUCUUCCGAGAGAGGGCAUUUUCGUCAGUUUCGGCAGCAACAUGAUGGCCUGGGAACUAUCAGCAAUCCUCGUGCCCAAUUGGCAGAUCGUCAGCUAGCCAAUAUACCACCUGCGCCUCAAUUUGACCACUCAAGGCAGAUUCCAAAUCGAGUUGUAGUCGCUCAACAUGAUUCCAUGCUGGCCGAACAGGGCAGCCAGCCGUCCUUCCCGGAUGAAGGGAUUGAGCUAAUGCAGAAGCAAAUCCAAGAGGUAGAACUCCCCACGGCUACCAUUAACGUACGCUAAAUACUCUAAAGCUGAUGAGAGAACGAGACUCUCUGAAAAGAGACUUGAAUGCGAAGUCCGGCGAGAUAGCGAUUGUGCGAAGUAAACAGGAAAAAACAGUCAAGCAAUACGAACGUGAAAUGAUAGCUCUACGGAAGCUAAACGAAGACAGAAUAUCCAAACAAGAAAAAGAGCUUGAGGCUGCCAAAAUUGCGGAGAGGAAUGCUGCAACGGAACGAGAAUUCCUACGGCAAGAGGUAGCAGAAGAAUCCGAAAAAGUGCGCCGGUUAAACAGGACAAAAGCAAAGGAGAAGAUUGGGGCUUCUGUAACAACCCCGAAGAAAAAGGCACUGCCUCACAGGGAUGGGUUUGAUGACGACGAGAUUGAUGCGGGCUCGCCCUCGAGAACGUCUCCUUCGAAGUUUCGAAAUCGUUUACUCGGGUCUCCCUCGAAGCCAAGUGGAGGAAAAAGGAAAAGGAAGAAUUUUGAGAGUCCCAUUGCUGCUCUUGAAGUGCAUCAAGCAGACGAGCAAGGCCCACAAAGGGAAGACAGCAAUGAAAUGAUUUUGGACGAGGUUUUGAUUGACGGUCUUAGCCGCCCAGACGAUCGCUUUGAUGUGAGCCGUCUCAAUCCCGCGUAAACAAAUCUACGAAUAACGCUGAUAGCGAUAACAGUUCCUCGGAACCAUGUUGGAUCAUCAGAUUGAUUUUCUUCACCUUCGCUCGAUUCAGGAAUUGGACAAGUAUUCUCUUCCUUCAGCAUCUAAGGAAUCAUUCCAGUCUGUAAUCCUCGGCAAAAUCCCCAUGCUUGGGCUUAAAAAGUCUCAGAAGGAUCUUCCGGUUGACUUUUGCGAGCUUUUGAUCUCCAUGUGGGCAAAAUGUAUGGAAGAAAAAUAUGUAUGUGGGACCUUGUUAGCUUGGUCUUAAGGUGCUAACAUAUGAUACAGCUCGCGCCAAUCCACAUUUUUAUAGAUAUGCUUACCACGGCCCUUGAACUUAAGACCACAUCUAUAGCAACUGCUAUCACUGAUUCCAUCGUUCCGCUCAUUCAGCUUACCGCAGACCUUGUGGUCAUUCCAAGAUGGAAAGGCCACUCUGCCGAGCAACACGAAAAAUAUGUUGACGUUUCAGCGUGUUUGGCACUUCUUCAUAUUACUGCACUUGGGUGUAUGUCGGAGCAAGAUCAUAUUGUCCGAUUUUGGAAGUUGAUGCGCUUUGAUUUUGUUCUUGUUAUGCUUAGUCCAACGCAUCCAACUCCUGAUUUCGAAAUGAUGUUACGUCUACUUUCUACAAGCGUGUUCAAGGAAAGUUUUGGUGCAAUUGUUGCAGAGGCAAGUCAAGCUUCUCAAGUUAUGGACAAUAUUCUCGAUCGGCUUACAUACACUCUGUUUGACGUCCCUCCGUUACCUCAUACAUCUGAGAAAAUGGCAAUUGAUGUUCUUUCGAAGCUUCGUGUGAAGGUUCUGCUUCUACUAACCAGUAUGACUCGGUCCCCAUUUGCAAGCAGAGCCAUGGCCAUGCAUCCACAUGCCAUUGGGAGACUUGUUAGUCUGAUUAACGAUGAAGUCGAUGAUUUGUACGAUUAUAAAGCUCGCCAUGAAGAGAGGUACGGCUCAAUUUUUUGCUUGAUAAUUCAGGUACUAACAUCCAAAAUAGUUCCCGAACAAUAAGUUUAGCAACACGUCUAUUAUAUUUCCUCAUCACCAAAUUUGAUGCCGAAAUUGACAUACAGAAAAAACUAGCCGUUAUCCGGGGCGGCUCACAGAAGUACCUCCUCACCCUAUCGCGGUUGAAUUUCUCCGAGGAUGACCUGCUGUUGGAAUCUGGGAUUGAUUCUGAUGUUGCGUCCUGUGCUUUAGAAUUAUUGGAGUUGGUCGUAACACCAGAGGAAGGGGAGGCUAUCCACCUGGCAUUUUCUACAAAUUCGUAA